UAGUUGGUUGUCAGGUGACUCGGUCCCCGUGUUUUCUUCCUCCCCUGUCACGUGAUCCGCGGAGCCUGCGGCCGCGAGCCAUGGAGGAAUAUGCCCGGGAGCCCUGCCCCUGGCGAAUUGUAGAUGACUGUGGUGGCGCCUUCACCAUGGGGAUGAUUGGGGGAGGUGUCUUCCAGGCUGUCAAAGGCUUCCGCAAUGCUCCAGUGGGUGUCAGGCAUCGGUUCAAAGGCAGCAUUAACGCUAUCAGAGUCAGAGCACCACAGAUUGGAGGCAGCUUUGCCGUGUGGGGCGGGCUCUUCUCCACCAUUGACUGCGGCCUAGUGAAGAUGCGAGGCAAGGAGGAUCCCUGGAACUCCAUCACGAGCGGGGCGCUCACGGGAGCUGUGUUAGCAUCACGCAGUGGGCCCUUGGCCAUGGUCGGCUCGGCUAUGAUGGGAGGCAUUUUGCUUGCCCUGAUAGAAGGUGUCGGGAUUUUGCUGACGAGGUACACGGCCCAGCAGUUCCAGAACCCCAACCCCUUUGGUGAAGAUCCCAGCCAGCUCCCUCCUAAGGAUGGCUCGCCACCUCCAGGGUAUCCAGGCUAUGGACAUUAUCAAUGAAACUGUUUGGGUCCAAGGAGAUGUCUAUUUUUGUAGGACUGGAGCAGGAAUUUCCCCAUUGAAGCUACUCAAGACAUUCACACGGCAGCACUCAAACCCCAGCAUUCAAGGAAUGCCAUUCCAAGAGUUUUCUUUGGGAAGGAGGGAGUGAGGGAAAGGGGUCAGGGGCUUAAGCGAUAUUUGAACCAUGUAAUAUCUACCUCUCUGGUGGGCUUUUGCGUUGAGGGCACGAUGAGCCCCAGGAAUCCUUCCAUGUGUGCUGGGGGAGCCAGAGCCUGUGCUGGGGGAUCGGCGAACACGAAUCCUGAGACAACGUUUCUUAGCUCUGUAGCUUCUGGAUGUGUCUAUAAACAAUUAAAUGGUCAUGACGAA